UUUCAGAUGCAGACCCACACCGAUGCUGAUACUAGAUAUGGUCCUAGGGACAUGGAAUGGAAUUCAUAGUGGACUUCCGAAUCGCAAGAGAUCCUCUUGUUUUUUGGUAAGGUUUUUACCAGGCCAUUAACCAGCAGCCAAUAGAAUAAGCCUGUAGAAAUCUAGCAGCCACAACGAAAAUCAUGGAAGGACUGAAAAAUAUCGGUACACACCCUACAGAUAUCUUGAGUGAUGUUCAUAACGAUGAAUUUCAUUGGAUCAUGUAAUCGUUCAUGGAGCCAUUCGAUGUAAUAUGGUGGAUCACAAACCCUUGACUUGGGAAGAUGGCGAUAUGAUGGCUUUUUGAAUGAGUCCGUCUACACAUUCUACAGAAUAUUCCCCAUAUAAUAUUGUGUUUUGGAAAGGAGUGUCUUUACCUAUUGAUAUUUCGUCGAGCUACUGGAAAAAGCACCCAAAAUUGAAGAUAAUGGAGGGACUGGCAGAACAAGGUCAAAGAAAAAAAAAUUAAGUUGAGUAAAAUAGAAAUAUAAAAAUUCCUAAGUUCAAACUUCGAGAUGAUGUCUUGGUAAAUUGUGAAGCAAACUCCAGGAGAAAAUCCGAACCAUUUACUUAGGUUACGACGGUCGAAUGAUCACGUGAAUCUAGAUGUCUCUGUUCAUGCUGAUAGGAUAAAAUCUUUUUUUAAAUCCCAGGUAUUAUUCUCCGCCGCCGAAUAAUCAAAGAUAUAACAAUUUAAAACAAAAAGUCAAACAGAACAGCAUGCAUCGUCAGAAAACAAAUCCAAACUUGCGGCCGAAAAAAAUGUAAAAGUCAAGAUGGAUGAGUAUUGAGAGAAGUAUCAUUUGGUACAGAGCAUAUUUGGGAAUCUUCGAAAUUCUCAAUUUUUGAAACAAAUAUAUCGUUCUUUAGGACAAGUAAAAAAUUAAAAGAGAGAGAAAAGUUACAGAAACAAAUAUCGAGACGUACAACUCAAAGAGGUAAUCAGAAGGUUUGGUGCAAAGAGAUUUUAUAAAACAUGUGUUAAAAUUAAAUUUAAAAAACUCUCCAUUUUUCACGGUAGUAAUGGAAGUUGCAAGUAAAUUCUUUUCGUUCCCCAUAAUUUUGCAACUUAUCAUUUGUUACUUCAAGAUUAAUACAUUUAAUCAUGGCGUCAUUUUGUGCCAAUGAAAAGAAAGGGGAGAUAAUUUUUCCUCAUUCGUUAUACAUGAUUUGAUGACCAAACUAUAAAUGCAAAAUAGUUAGAGCUAUAUUAUCACUAUUGUGGGUUCAAAGUAGAAAACUACUAAUUUUCACUUAAUAUGGUUUGGUCCAAUUAAUAAUCAAAGAAAAUGUAUCGGUUGUCGCCUUUUUAAAGCUGUCGGGACAUAUAUAAACAGAAGUGUAUGUAUGUCACCAUCAUCGCAUUAAACAGCAUAAUAGAACUCCAUAAGAACUGGGUAAAAUGAUAAAAUUUUAAUUAACAAUUUCAAAACACUGCUACUUUAUAAAUAUUUCUAUAAUGCUCAAAGAUUAAUUGAUUAAAGAUUUUGCAAAAAACCUAUUAUUUCACAUGGUAGAGUUACCCCAGGGAAUAACGCAAAAUACACAGCAGAUAAAUAGUUAGCAAUUUCAUCAAGAUCAAAGUACUAAUAAGCAAAUCCCCACCCUUAUGGCGAUAUUUUCAGAGUUUUUGCAACUCAUGAUCAUUUGAAUAGUUAUUUCAUAACGGGAACAUCUUCAGCAAACUUACACUUCUCUCUUCGUGUUUUGGUUGAAUGGAAAUUGUCACUUUCUUUUUCCAAUCAACACUUGGGUGGCAAACUUUUUACAUCUGUUAGUAAAAUUUAAAAAAAAAAAAAAACCUAAACAAACAACAACAAAACCAAAAAAAAAAAAAAAACCAAAAAAAAAAAAAAAACCAAACAAACAAACAAACAAUCAAUUCUUUAAAAACAAAAUAAACAAUUUAACAUUGCAAUAUAUGGUUUUAUAAAAUAUUUAAAAUGCAGUGUGCAUCCUGUAUGAUCCUCUUAGAUUUACGUGAAAUGACUGUAUUCCAGUUCCACUCUCAAUGACCGCAUGGCGUGUGACAUCGCGGCGAACAUUGAACUAGGCAUUCCUUGUGUCACCGAUUAGGCUUCCGAACAAUGCGAUAUCGCUCUUUAGAGGAUUGUUACAUAAGAUUUCAGAAUAUCUUUGAGGGAUUGGGUGAUCUUCAUUACAAUGCAAAAUUUUCUCCUAUUUUCCGUUGGGAACGGUCAUGUUAGUACAGUGCAGGGAAGGGGGUCCUCCCAACCUUGUUUGAAAAUAUAUGCCUAUUUUUAUUUAGUUACAGUUGUGAAAUACUAAUUAUUGGUCCCUUCUGUAGGUUGGAACCUCUGAAUAAAAUUACGUGUGUUGUAACCAACCCCCAAGGGAAAAAUGUCUGAAUCCGUGCAUGCAUACAUUAUGAAGCUGUACAUGCCCUAGUGAUAGCACCGUCAACAUAAGUGUUCCAACUGAUAUAUCAUUUCGUUUCGAUCUAGUUUCGUUUCUGUUCAUUUCGUUUCAUUCGGUUUCGUUAAUAUUUGAGUUUACCUGAGCUGAAAGCUCAAAUGAGCUUUUCUGAUUACCUAUUGCCCGGCGUCCGAACGCCCGUCCGUCCGUAAACUUUUAACAUUUUUAAUUUCUUCUCCAGAACCGCUUGGCCAAUUUCAAUCAAACGUGGCACAAAUUAUCAUCCUUCGAUAAAGGUGAUUCAAAUUUAAUCAAAUGAAGGGUCAUGCUAUUCUUCAAGGAAAGGCAAAAUCAGGGUUGGGUAAUAAAUAAUAUUAUUCUCAAGAACCUUUGGGCCAGGAAAGAUGAAAUUCACAUGAAAGCUUCCUGACAUAGAAUAGAUUCAAGUUUGUUCAAAUUGGCACAAUAGGGGAUCGAAGUUUAAUAUGGAGAUAUGUAGUAAAGCUAUUUAUAAAUAUUCUAUUCAAGAACAAACGGCUAUGAUUAGUCGAAUGAAUAUUCAAGCAUGCCAAGGAGGUGCGAGUUCAAGUUUGUUCAAUUUGUAGUCCCCGGAAGUAGAGUGGGUGUCAAUAGAGGAUCAAAGUUUUACAUAGGAAUAUAUAUGGGGGAUCUUCUUCUCAAAAACAGCAGAGCCAUGGUUGGUCGUAUUAAUAUGCAAGCAUCCCCAGCUAGUGUAGAUUCACCUUUAUUCAAAUUGUGGCCCCCAGAAAUAAUAUGAGACCACGAUAGGGAAUUAAAGAUUUUCAUGGGAAUAUAUAGAGAACAUCCUCUCAAGAGCAGCAGGCCCACUAUUAGUGAUAUUGAUCAUCCACAAUUAAUGCAGAUUCAAAUUUAUACAAAUCAUGACCCCCGAAGGUAGGGGAGUCACAAAGAGGAUCAAAGUUUUGAAUACAUACUAAAAUAUGUAAGGAAACGUCUUUAGAAAUCUUCAUCUUAAAGAACAGCAGGGCCAUAUUGAUAUGAUAUGUGAUAUUGAUAUGCAAGUUGGCAAUGCAAGCAUCUUCAGAUUGUUCAAAUUCAAGUUUGGUCAAUUCAGAGGUCCCGGGGUAGGGUGGAGCCACAACAGGAGAUCGAAGUUUUAUAUGGGAAUGUACAAGAAAUUAAUUAAAACAAAUGCUUUCACGAGUUAUGUACAGGACAACACUAAAUCAUAACAAAUUCAGGCCUUUUAAAAAUUUGUAAGAAUUCAGGUUUUUCCCCCUUCAAUUCACUAACGCUGGAGUUAGAGUGAAUCAGAUAGAGAAUAUACAUGUAGAAUGAAAAAUAAUCCUUUAAAAAUCACAAACGCAGCGGAAUCAGAGUGACCCAGUCAGGUGAGCGAUGUGACCCAUGGGCCUCUUGUCUUCAUAAAUAUUUUGGUGGAUAUGAGUAUAUUUUAAUAGCUCUGUUUAAUGAAAUAGGAUGUGAAAAAAAAAAAUCACCUAAAAAAUUGUCUGCUCCGCUGGAAUUUCACCGGUAUCAGACGUCAAUCCAAAUCCGGAAUCAGACAACUAUAAUAGAGUGCCAAAUUAACAUAAACUCAAAUAAUUGAAGAUAUCUCUCAUUACUUGAAGAUAGCAUCAAUUCAAUAUUGUGCUAUUGUUACGCAAAAUUUAAUUUGGAGCUCGGUAUAAACGUUUAAAUGCUAGUAGAUUAGAAAUAGAUAAUAAAAUGUAUAUAAAAAAAGUAUCGUCAAUUUCAAAAAGCGCACAUAAGUUUAUACAAAGUCUGGCCUUAAAAUUUUGAAUGGAACCCCCCCCCCCCCUUCUUUAUAUUUUACCACAUAAUUAUCUUCACCUUUCAUAAUUAAUUUUUAAAGUCGUGAUAACGAAAAGUUAACUCUUAGAUAAAUUAGAGAUCUUCCUUCGUAAUCACGGGAUAUUCAUCUCAUUAUUCAACUAGUUAUAGUGGUUCGAUUUGUUUCACGAAUAAUUAUACGUACAAUUUACUUACCCAUGCAACUUCAUAUACGUCUCUUAAGCGCUUCAAAACAAUGAAAAAAAUUAAGCAUUUUUGAAGAAGUGAAAAUACUUUGAGCGAGAUAUAAACAAGUUAAUUUUUAUUUUAUUUUUUACAGUUCUAUUCUAUAGAUGAAUCCUUUGAUAUAGAUGUUUUUUGCUCAUCAUCAUGGCGAUUGAAAUUAUUGUUUAUUCGAUAUAAUCCUUUAUUUCCAGCAUUUGUAUCCACUAAUAAUUUUGCAAAUUUAAUUGCGAAAUACUGUACACGGCACUGCGUGGUCAGUCAAGUGAAUUUUAUUGACUUUAUUGAUAAAAUUUCAAACUCCUGUGGUGCGUUGCUUGAUGAGAAGGUACAAUGCAGAAGAAUAUGGAGUGUUUACCAAUAAAAACAUUGGAAGAGCUGGAAGCAUGGACUCCUAACAAACUUGUCGAUUGUAAAGUUUGCUCAGUCCCGAUAGCUGAAAGAAAAGAGAGGUCUAGUGCCACUCCCAGAACUUUGCUAUGCCAUGAUAUGUGUGGUGGAUACUUGAAAGACAGAUUUGUACAAGGAUCUGAAGAUCAACUGCCUUACCGGUUUUAUCAUUGGCAGUACAUUGACAGUUUUAUCUACUUCAGCCAUUAUUUUGUCACUGUUCCACCAGUAACAUGGAUAAAUGCAGCACACAAGCAUGGAGUUAAAGUUCUUGGAACAUUCAUAACGGAAUGGGAUGAUGGCAAGAUUAGAAGUCAGAGGUUACUAGAAUCUGAAGAUUCCUUUAGGAAGGUGGCCAGUAAAUUGGUUGAGAUUACAAAGUAUUACAAAUUUGAUGGAUGGCUGAUCAACAUUGAAAAUGUUAUUGAGUCAGAUAAGGUAGAGAAUCUGUGCAAGUUUGUGGGAUUUCUGACUGACCAACUCCACGCAGAAGUGCCAGGCUCUCAGGUGAUCUGGUAUGACAGUGUCCUUAACACUGGAGAACUGAAGUGGCAGAAUGAACUCAACAGCAAAAAUUGCAUGUUUUUUGAUGCAUGUGAUGGGAUAUUCCUGAACUACAACUGGAAAGAUGAAACUCUGCAUCACUCGUUGACCCUGGCCAGGGACAAAGGGAGGGACAUGGAUGUGUAUGUGGGGAUUGAUGUGUUUGGGAGAGGCUGUUUGGGGGGUGGAGGAUACAACACUGUAGAGGCCCUAGCUGCAAUCAGAAGAUUCAACAUGUCUGCAGCCAUAUUUGCACAAGGAUGGGUUUGGGAAACACAAGGAAAAGAAAAAUUCACAGAAAAUGAAAACAGAUUUUGGAGUUUGUUGGAUUGCUUACUUCCUUCAAAUGAAACAAACUGUAUGCCUCUUUCAACAACAUUUUGCCAAGGAUUUGGAGAGAAGUAUAGCUUACUUGGGAAGGUUAUCAGAGAGGAAGCCUGGUAUAACCUAUCUCUUCAGGAUACUCAGCCCACAUGUACAAACUCACAGUUCCUCAGGCAUCAGCUUCAGUUCCAGCCAUCUAUAGACCUCUGUACAGAAGACCCAUUCACAGGAGGAGCUUGUCUAAAACUCGGUGGAAGGUUGUCCAUAGACGGCCAGCCACUUUUGUUCAGAUUAUUUGAUACCUCUCUGACUAUGCCUCCAGAGGAUGUUAUUGUGUCUUACACAUAUAAAGUUCCCGACACAACAUCCUGUGGUUUAUUUCUACAAUUAGAGGUCCAUGAAAGCAAUGGAUCAAAGCGGCUGUGGAUAUUGCGAGACAGGGAAGUGUCGCAGACCCCACAAAACAUGGCAGUAUACAGCAGUUUGUCGUCUGAUGAAGUGUUAGAAUUGAUCCCAAAUGCAACAGUAACCCCAAGUAAUGGUUGGAUUACAAGGUAUUUCUGCAUCAAAUCAAAUGAGGAAUUCAUACUGAAGUCCAUCAACUUUGGAUUGCAAUCUGCAGGUUGCCUUGACAGACAGUCUGUACAAAUUGGUCAUUUACAGAUUAUAUCCAAGAAAGAUCUUCAGUCACUGCCUACAGACAAAGCUUUAGAACAUGUGCAGUGGGAGGAUGAGGAACAGGGAGGGUGUAAGGUUACCUGGCAAUGUUCCAAGGACUCGGCUGUUACUUACUACAAUGUAUACUCCACUUCAGAAGGCAGUAAAACCCUGCUGGGACAAAGCAAACUCAGUUGCUUUUACACUGAUGUAAAGAACAAGGGGCAUUUGUCUGUACAGCCUGUGUUCUAUUCUACAGUGGUAGGGAAGGAAACAACAUGCUAGCUAGCUGGACUACUUGGAUUUUUUUUUUUUAAUAUUUCUGUUACCAAGACUUCUCAGGUUUUCCUGUUACAACUGACAGUGUGAAAUAAAACAACAAAAGAAAGUUUGUUGAUCAAAAUUAUUUCCUAUGUUUCAUGAAAUGAAAUGAAUAAUUCAUGUACAUGCGUGUACAGAUACAUAUCAUAGAGAAAAUAUGUGCAAUGUGAUAUAUACAGUGUUUUUCUUCUAAUGUACUUGUUUGCAACUAAUAAAUGAUAGAUGGUU